AUGCCACUUUCCGUGACGAAAGCACCGGCAACCGGUGAAGAUAGUAGCAGAGAUCGGUUACUGGAACCGCCGGCAUCGCCGUUGGAAACGCGAAGCGAAUCGCCACCGAUGUCACCAUGUCCCAGCCCAGCCCAACCGCCCCAAACCACUAUCGGAAGCGCCGUCGGCAUUACUUCGGCCGUUGCCAACUUCUCCGUGAUAAACUAUGUUGGAAAAAUUCAAAAGCAAUCAUCCUACAAAUCAUCUGUUCGUUGCCGAACACCGUAUGAGCGGUGUAGUCUACGGCCCGUACAGAUGGACGAUACGACCAACUCCUCAACCUUCUCCUCGAUGGAGUUUGGUUGCAACAGUAGCAGCAGCAACAACAGCACUGGCAUUGGGUGUGAAACCAGCCCCGAAUCCAGCGACCUGCAGGACAGUAUCGAUACGGAAGACGGAAGCACGUCCGGUCCGCGAUUACGCAGCCGCCGAUCGAUGAGUGUCUCCUCCAGCGGUUGUUCCAGCUCGAUGGAUGAUCGGAACUUUGACUUCUCGCCGCUGGGAAGCAUCAUUAGUUGUCGAUGCAACUCGUACAGCAUGUCGGACUUUGAUGACGAUGGGUUUCGUGAAGACAGCAGCGUAUCGUCGGCGUACGCCGUAUUGUCCGGUUCCCGCUCGUAUCAACCGCACCACCCACUGCAUCAUCAUCACCAGAAUGUACCUCACCAUCCGAACAAUCACAAGGGACUAUUCGAUAUUGCACUGAAAACGGUGAAACUGAUCCGGCGUAACCAGGAGCUGCAGGUGCGGCUGGCCCAACUGCAGGAGGAGACGAAUGCGUUCAUCGAUUCGGUAAUGGCCAACCCGGAGAACGAAUCGCUACGUUCGCAUUUUUACAGCACACAGAACAAGCGUUUACCGACGGUACCGGUGACGGUGCAAAAGUGA